AUGCCAUCCGCCAUACGCGACGGCCGCGACCUCGACACCACUUCUGAUGCCAUUGACGAUGUCAACGCGCUUCGGGGAAAACUAUGGAAUGAGGAAUCCGAAUUCGAUGAGGGGAAGGACAAGGCUCAGUUCCGCGACUACGAUGCUGCAUGUGAUCGCGUCAAGAACUUUUACAAAGAACAGCACGAAAAACAAACAAUGGCGUUCAACAUCAAGGCACGCGUCGACUUCAAGAACAGGGAGCGUGUUCGCAUGAGUGUCUGGGAAGCUAUGGAGCUCCUAAACACCCUUGUAGACGAGUCCGAUCCCGACACUAGUGUAUCUCAAAUCGAGCACUUGCUCCAGACUGCCGAAGCCAUACGUCGAGAUGGGAAACCUGAAUGGAUGCAGGUUACUGGUCUAGUCCACGAUCUGGGCAAGCUUUUGUUUAUCCUUGGCUCUGAGGGACAAUGGGAUGUUGUCGGGGACACCUUUGUCGUCGGAUGCAAGUUCUCAGAUAAGAUCAUAUACCCCGACACGUUUGCCAACAACCCUGAUAUCCACGAUCCCAUCUACUCUACGGAAUAUGGUAUCUACCAACCCAAUUGCGGUCUCGACAAUGUCAUGUUGUCCUGGGGCCAUGAUGAGUAUCUUUACAACGUCCUCAAGGAUCAAUGCUCCCUCCCCGAAGAAGGGUUAGCUAUGAUUCGCUACCACAGUUUCUACCCAUGGCACCGGGAAAACGCCUACUCCCACAUCACAAACGACAAGGAUACAAAGAUAUUGGAGGCCGUACGUGCUUUCAACCCUUACGAUCUAUACAGUAAAAGCGACGAACCCUGCAAUCCGGCGACACUAAGGCCAUACUACGAAAGCCUCAUUGCCAAGUUCUUCCCUUCUGUCAUCGAAUGGUAG